ACGGACGGACGGACGGACGAACCGCAGCACCCCUUCUCCUUCCUCCUUCCCUUCCUUCACCUCCCUUUCCCCCCUCCUCCCACCAUCCAUCUAUCUAUCCAUCAUCCCCCCCGCCAACCCCUCCCAAUGCUGAAGAGUUUCAACCCGGCGGGGCUGGAGUGAAGAAGGGAAGGGCGGAAGGGAGGAGAGGAGCGGAGCUCCUCGCAAUUCACAGCUGCUCCAGGGAGGGGGGAGCGGCCUCGCUAUUAUUUAACAGAGAAGAAAAAAAAAAUUAAAGGAAAAAAAAAGAAGAGACGGGAAAAUGGCGAACGAUUCUCCUGCAAAAAGUCUGGUGGAUAUCGACCUUUCCUCCCUGCGGGACCCCGCUGGGAUUUUUGAACUGGUGGAAGUGGUUGGCAAUGGCACGUACGGGCAAGUCUACAAGGGUCGCCAUGUCAAAACGGGUCAGCUGGCAGCCAUCAAAGUCAUGGAUGUUACUGAGGAUGAAGAAGAAGAAAUCAAACUGGAGAUUAAUAUGCUUAAGAAAUAUUCUCAUCAUAGAAAUAUUGCAACUUAUUAUGGUGCUUUCAUUAAGAAAAGUCCUCCAGGACAUGAUGACCAACUGUGGCUUGUUAUGGAGUUUUGUGGAGCUGGCUCUAUCACAGACCUUGUGAAGAACACAAAAGGGAAUACCCUGAAAGAAGACUGGAUAGCAUAUAUCUCCAGAGAGAUUCUCCGGGGGUUGGCACAUCUCCAUGCCCAUCAUGUGAUUCACAGGGAUAUCAAAGGGCAAAAUGUGUUGUUAACAGAGAAUGCAGAAGUGAAACUUGUGGAUUUUGGUGUGAGUGCUCAACUGGACAGGACAGUUGGCAGGAGAAACACUUUUAUUGGGACUCCGUACUGGAUGGCUCCAGAAGUUAUUGCCUGUGAUGAGAAUCCAGAUGCUACGUAUGAUUACAGAAGUGACCUUUGGUCAUGCGGCAUUACGGCCAUAGAGAUGGCAGAAGGAGCUCCCCCACUUUGUGACAUGCACCCCAUGAGGGCACUCUUUCUGAUACCCAGGAACCCUCCCCCACGGUUAAAAUCCAAGAAAUGGUCGAAAAAGUUUUUCAGCUUUAUAGAAGGUUGUCUAGUGAAGAAUUACAUGCAGCGACCUUCUACAGAACAACUGUUGAAACAUCCCUUUAUACGUGACCAGCCAAAUGAAAGGCAAGUCCGAAUCCAGCUUAAGGACCAUAUAGACAGGACCAGGAAGAAGAGAGGAGAGAAAGAUGAGACGGAGUAUGAAUAUAGUGGAAGUGAGGAAGAAGAGGAAGAAGUGCCUGAACAAGAAGGAGAGCCAAGUUCCAUUGUCAAUGUGCCUGGAGAAUCAACCCUCCGACGUGAUUUCCUGAGACUGCAGCAGGAAAACAAGGAACGGUCCGAGGCCCUUCGGAGACAGCAGCUGCCACAGAAGCAGAAACGCAGUGAGCAGCAGAAGGAGCAGAGGAGGAGGCUAGAAGAGCAACAAAGAAGAGAAAGGGAAGCUCGAAGGCAACAAGAGCGUGAGCAAAGGCGGAGAGAACAGGAGGAAAAAAGACGUCUGGAAGAAAUGGAGAGGAGGCGUAAAGAGGAGGAAGAGAGAAGAAGAGCAGAGGAGGAAAAGAGGAGGGUAGAAAGGGAGCAGGAGUAUAUCAGGCGACAGCUAGAAGAGGAGCAGCGGCACUUGGAAAUUCUACAGCAGCAGCUGCUCCAGGAGCAGGCCAUGUUACUGGAAUACAGAUGGCGAGAGAUGGAGGAGCACCGACAGGCAGAGCGACUCCAGCGCCAGUUGCAGCAGGAGCAAGCCUACCUCCUGUCACUGCAGCACGAUCACAGGCGGCAGCAGCAGCAGCAGCAACAGCAGCAGCAACAGCAGCAGCAGCAGCAGCAAGAAAGAAAUAAGCAAAGCUAUCAUACCCCUGAGCCAAAAUCCCACUAUGAGCCUGCUGAAAGAGCACGUGAGGUGGAGGAGAGAUUUAGAAAAACUAAUCAGGGCUCCCCUGAAGCACAGUCUAAACAGAUGGGCAAAGUGUUGGAGCCACCAGUGCCUUCAAGAUCAGAGUCCUUUUCCAAUGGAAACUCAGAACCUGCUCAGCCUGCCCUGCAGAGGCCAAUGGAGCCCCAGGUACAGUGGUCCCAUCUGGCAUCUCUCAAGAACAAUGUUUCCCCUGUCUCGCGAUCCCAUUCCUUCAGUGACCCUUCUCCCAAAUUUGCUCAUCACCAUCUUCGUUCCCAGGACCCAUAUCCACCUUCACGCAGUGAAGUGCUUAAUCAGAGUUCUGACUCUAAGUCGGAGGUACCCGACCCCACCCAAAAGGCUUGGGCUAGAUCAGACAGUGACGAGGUGCCUCCAAGGGUACCUGUGAGAACAACGUCCCGAUCACCAGUCCUGUCCCGCCGUGAUUCCCCACUGCAGGGCGGUGGGCAGCAAAAUAACCAAGCGGGUCAAAGGAAUUCCACGAGCAAUAUAGAGCCUCGUCUGCUGUGGGAAAGGGUGGAGAAGCUUGUACCAAGGCCAGGCAGUGGCAGUUCUUCUGGCUCAAGCAACUCUGGCUCCCAACCUGGCUCCCACCCUGGCUCUCAGAGUGGGUCUGGAGAGCGGUUCAGGAUGAGAUCAUCAUCCAAAUCAGAGGGUUCGCCAUCACAGCGCCAUGAAAGUGCACCUAAAAAGCCUGAAGAGAAAAAGGAAGUCUUCAGACCUGUCAAGCCUGCUGUGAGUUGCAUUCACCUCCCCUGUCCUCCUUCACUUUCAGAAGGAGAAGUGGAUUUAACUGCAUUGGCAAAGGAGUUGCGAGCAGUAGAGGAUGUGCGACCUCCACAUAAAGUAACGGAUUACUCAUCCUCGAGUGAGGAGUCAGGGACAACCGAUGAGGAAGAUGAUGAUAUGGAACAAGAAGGAGCAGAUGAAUCUACUUCUGGGCCAGAUGAUGUCCGAGCAGUGUCAACGUUGAACUUGAGCAAUGGUGAAACAGAGUCAGUAAAAACCAUGAUUGUCCAUGAUGAUGUGGAGAGUGAACCUGCUUUGACUCCUUCUAAGGAGGGCACCUUAAUUGUUCGACAGAGUACAGUUGACAAAAAGCGUGCCAGCCAUCAUGAGAGCAAUGGCUUUGCCGGUCGCAUUCACCUCUUGCCAGAUCUCUUACAGCAAAGCCAUUCCUCCUCCACUUCCUCCACCUCCUCCUCCCCAUCCUCCAGCCAGCCGACACCCACCAUGUCCCCACAGACACCCCAGGACAAGCUAACUACUAAUGAGACUCAGUCCGCUAGUAACACACUCCAGAAACACAAAUCUUCCUCCUCCUUUACACCUUUUAUAGACCCCAGAUUACUACAGAUUUCUCCAUCUAGUGGGACAACUGUGACUUCUGUGGUAGGAUUUUCUAGUGAAGCAAUGAGAUCAGAGGCAAUAAGGCAAGACCCUACACGGAAAGGAUCAGUUGUCAAUGUGAAUCCCACAAAUACACGGCCACAGAGUGACACACCAGAGAUUCGCAAAUACAAGAAGAGAUUCAAUUCUGAGAUACUGUGUGCGGCCUUAUGGGGAGUGAACUUGCUGGUAGGCACUGAAAGUGGUCUGAUGCUGCUAGACAGAAGUGGGCAGGGGAAGGUUUAUCCACUCAUCAAUCGAAGACGAUUCCAGCAAAUGGAUGUACUUGAAGGGCUGAAUGUCUUGGUGACAAUUUCUGGUAAGAAGAACAAGUUGCGAGUUUACUAUUUGUCGUGGUUAAGAAAUAAAAUCCUUCACAAUGAUCCUGAAGUAGAAAAGAAACAGGGCUGGACAACGGUGGGCGACCUGGAAGGCUGUGUGCACUAUAAAGUUGUAAAAUAUGAAAGAAUCAAGUUCUUGGUAAUUGCAUUGAAGAGUUCUGUGGAAGUCUAUGCAUGGGCACCAAAGCCAUACCAUAAAUUUAUGGCCUUUAAGUCAUUUGGAGAAUUGGUACAUAAGCCAUUGCUGGUGGAUCUAACCGUAGAGGAGGGUCAGAGACUAAAAGUGAUCUAUGGCUCCUGCGCUGGCUUCCAUGCUGUUGACGUGGAUUCAGGAUCGGUCUAUGAUAUUUAUCUACCAACACAUAUCCAGAGUAGUAUCCAACCUCACGCAAUCAUCAUCCUCCCAAACACGGAUGGGAUGGAGCUACUGGUCUGCUACGAGGAUGAAGGAGUUUAUGUCAACACAUAUGGAAGGAUAACCAAGGAUGUGGUUCUGCAGUGGGGAGAAAUGCCAACUUCAGUUGCAUACAUCCGAUCUAACCAGAUCAUGGGCUGGGGAGAAAAAGCUAUCGAGAUACGGUCGGUGGAAACUGGACACUUGGAUGGUGUGUUCAUGCACAAAAGGGCACAAAGACUCAAAUUCUUAUGUGAACGCAACGACAAGGUUUUCUUUGCCUCCGUGCGGUCAGGUGGAAGCAGUCAAGUCUAUUUCAUGACCCUUGGCAGGACUUCACUUCUGAGCUGGUAGAAGCAGUGGGAUUUGGAGAGGAAUUGCUGACAUCCAGAGUCUGAGAUCUUCAUAACUUGGAAUUAUUUUCAACUGGAGUACAGACCUGCACGAGUGCAGCACUCUGUGUAAAUGUGUGUGCAGGCAUCACUGGUGUUAGGUUUCUUUAUGUUUUUCAACCGAGGCUGCAAGGCAGCUGGUGCUGUAAAGAUAUUGCCAUCAGGUGCUACAAUGUCUUUGAGAUUUGGGAUCACGCUAGAAAGCUACAGGUCUUCUUUUCCCUUCAGCUCCAGUAUUCCUAGGAUUUGAAGGACUCUGUUUGUUAGUGUUAAAACAGAGGAAGGGGGAAAAAGGAAGAAAAACAAACCAGGCUUACCAUGAACAUGCUGUUUGUUGAGUGGACAGGAGGCAGGCAAGAGAAGGUGAGAAGUGGUGUAGAGAGUCAGACUGGCUGAAACAGAGGGCAGAUCUAGUCUAGUAAUGUUAACAAUGUAUUUAAUUGACAUUUCUUUUUUGUAAUGUGACAAUAUGUGGACAAAGAGGAAGGUGCAGGUUUUAAGAAGUUAAUAUUUAUAAAAUGUGAAAGACACAGUGACUAGGAUAUCUUCUUCUUGGGGACAGGGAGGGUGGGAAGGGUCUCGGGGUGGAAUUCUUAGGGUUUUUUUGUUUCUGCAGUUUUAUUUUGGCCUGGCCAAUAACUUUAGUCAUUUUCUGUGUACCAGGUGUUGCCUGAAACAUGUGCAGGUGAUUAAAAAAAAAAAGGAAAAAAAAAUUCAUUUUCUAUAAUGAUUCUGUGUUAGGCCAGAACUUGGUUAUGUCACAGUAUUAGCACUGCCUCAGUUAAAGGUUUAAUUUUUGUUUAAACCUAGAAGUGCAACAACAGUUUUACCACAGUCUGCACUCGCAGAACUAAAAAAAAAAAGAAAAAAAAGAAAAAAAAGAGAAAUAAAAUCCAAACUACAUAUGUUUAUUUUUUGUGCCUACCUCAUUGUUUUUAAUGCAUAAAAUAAAAGAGGUGGUUUAGUUUAUACGUUUUUAGAAGAAAACCAUUAAUGUCUAAUUUAAUCUUAAUACCAAAACUACCAGAUUGAAAGGUUUCUGACUGUUAUUGCAUAGCAAGUUUCAGCAGGAGGAGAGAGUAGUCCAUUGGGGCAAUAGUCGUAGUGAUAUGGCAGUGAGACACUGAUUAAUGUAAUUUGCUUACAAAAUUUGGUAAAGCAAGCAUUUUUAAAACCAGUUUCGUCCUUAAUAGAAGUCUGAAUUUAGCCUAAACCAGAGGUUUCACUCUUCUAACACAUGGGCUUAGUAAACAGGCAGGUUAAAAGUAACUAGACUAGUUCUAUAAAUUGUUAAAUGUUGUAGGAAACAUUUUGGGGCGGUGAUGUUUUUCUUUUUUAAGAAUGCAAUGCACUAAAACUCUUUUAAGAAUGUAGUUAAUACUGCUUAUUCAUAAAAACAGCGUAUACCUGUGUUUAGAUGUAAGAUCCCAGCUCUGGCUUUUUUCCUUUCUUUUUUUUUUUUAAGUCAGUUUUAUUUUAUGAAUAAGUUCUGACAUUUUUAAUAAAUGUCUUGAGAGUAAUAAUUUGUUUAGUGGCUACAUGUUCAUUACUUGAGAAAUCUUGAGUGUAUAAUAAUCUGUUGGUGUUGUAAUAAUGCACAGUGUCACGAUUCUGCUAUUUUCCUUUUUAUUUUCUUUUUCUUUUUUUUUUUUUUUCUUCCCUUAAUUCCUUUGGUGGGGUACUUUGCUGACAGCUGCCUUAAGCUGUUCAUUCAGUGAACAGGCUCUCAGUGUUUCAUGGGCUUUGUCUUCUGCUGUGGUUAACUUUCCUUCAUGGCAUGACAGGUAGGGCUUUUAAAACACGUAUUCUUCAAUUCAGUCAAGCUGAUGGCUUGAGCGACUGGUCACACAAUCAAUUAAGAGCCAAGAGCACCAAGUGUGCAAAGCUCAGACUCAACAGACCCUUCUUUUGGUGUCAAAUCUGACUGCUGUAAAUCCUUCAACCCUGGUCAGCGCUGCUGCUGAAGACUCUCCUUCCAACAUCGUAGACGGUUGAAAAGCGAGCGGUAAACGCGUACCUCCAGCGCAUGCGUGUGCACACAGCAACCCCCACUCCCCUACCCCCCAAAAAGAAUCAAAACUCAAGAAAGCCUUACAUUUGCUGGCGGAGGAAUACCUAGAACUAUUUUUUUUUUAAUUGUAUGACUUUUGGAUAGUGUUGAAGGUGAAGGAUGUGUUCUUUUCAGGCCCGGUGUGGUCAGCCAGAAGAAUGAUCAACCUUUUGUACUAUAAUGACUGAAGGGGACUCGGAAAUGCGGCGUGAUGGUAGACAUGGGUGUAAUCACAGAGCUGCCCUGUAGUGUAGUUUGCCGAAGCUGAUUCGAUCGAAUGUCAGUCUGCGUGAUUUAAAUCUUCCAGUGCUAUGUGGUCAAAAUUAAUCUAGUCCUUGAAAGCUGAUGCUAUUCACCUAGAGGAAGAUGCUCCAGUGCUGUAGGGAUGCCCAAGUCAUGGAUAUGUGCUGUUGAAGUUUUGAGGCUCCGGGGGAGGGUGGAAAUCUCCUUCCUUCAGUGGGUCUGCCCAUCUGGCAGCUUCUGCCUCCACAGAAGUGCCAACACGGCAAGGUAAAAACAGUAUUACAAAACCACUUCGUAUACCAACAUCGAACUCUUCAAACAGUGCUUUUGUAAGCAAAGAAGAAAAGAAAAGCUCCUAGGUUUAGUUUUAAGCUUUAAUAAGUAAUAAUUUUCUGUAUCUUUAAGUCAAAGUAACCCUAACUUGUAUGACUGCAGUGUUUUUAUUUUUUAUCUUAUGCACAUGUUAUGUUGGAGAAAAUGUUUACAAAAAUGGUUUUGUUACACUAAUGUGCAUCACAUAUUUAUGGUUUAUUUGAAAGUGAUUUUUGUGGGUUUUUUAGUUUUUCAUAGUAGUAGUAGUAGUACACUUUUUGUGAUUUAUAACCCCGAACUCUGCUGAUUAUAAAGAUGCUAAACAAUAAUACAAAAUGACAAACUGCAUUAAAAUUACUAAUCGUAGAGCUGCAAAGCAGACUGGUGACAAGUAAAACACUCAGCCUUUUUUUUGCAGUGCUAUCUAACUUGUCUUCUGUGUAUUAUGGAAAUUACUGUUUUUUCCCCGUUUUUCCUUAAAUAAAGUCAAAUUGACACCUAUUGUAUGUGGAAA